UUGAAAAUAUAAAUAUGAAGAAGGGCAUUCAGUCGCAGAAAAAUAAGGAUGACAAGAAAACCACUCGCUCUAAAGGAUCUCUGUCUGGUACAAUUACAACUAAGAGUGAUGUAAGCCAAGUGGAGUCCAUCACAUCGACAAUGUGAAAGAGAGCAAUGAAAGGGAUGUAUGCAAGCAAAUAAGACCAAUAAAUCUAAUAAGAAUUUUUCUAAAAAUAAGGAGAAUCAAUCCUUUAUUACAUAUAAAUCAUUGAACCAGAGAAUCAUUGGACAGAGCAAGUCAAAAGCAAGUCAGCACAAGUCAAAGCUUGGGCAUCCCAUCUCAAAGAACCCAGUUUUUAAAACAAAGGUGAUCUCCCAAAAGAAAUUUCGGACAAAGCAGAAUUCUCCGACAAGGAGAGAUCCCUCCUUAGAGAAGGAUAGCCUGAAAUCUCAUCAAGAGCCUGAGAUGUACUUCAUCCAUAAAUCACAGCCAAGUGAGUCUAAAGUGACCCAAAGUAGCCAAAAGGUGCAGAAUAGUUUAAAAAUGCUGAAAAUUACAAAUAAAUCACCCAACAAUUUCACUGCAGAUCCCCAGAAAGAGAUCAAUUUCAAUGAGAUGAGGAAUAAUUUUAUCCACAAUUUGGAGCUUCAAGAAAGUGCGCUGAAGGAUAGGUAUAAUAGACAGAAUGAACUACAGGGAAGAAAUACUUCCCCACCGGUAAUUGGGGAUGAGCAUAAGCCACUCAAGUUACUAUAUUAUCAUAAAAAGAAUAAUAGUGGGUGCCAGAAUAAACCGAUUGUUGCAUGAGCAUUGAGCAAAUAUGGAAAAAAAUUUAUGAGACAAUCUCUUGACUCAAAUGACGAAAAGGAAUCAUACCAUGAUUUAAGAGCAAGCACGAAUGAAAAUUUAAAUGAUGAUUACAAGUCAGCUAACUCAGCUUAUCAUAAGAGGAGGGUUAGUAAUAAAAUAUGGCCUACCAAGAACCUAACCCAGGCAAAUUCUCCAAAACAGUACUUUCAUCAAACUCCGACAUAUGAGGAAAAUAUUCACAACUUCAAAACUCAUGAAUACAAGUCUAGAGAGAGGAAGGCAGGAAGAUCAAAGUCCAACUCCUUAAAUCCUCAGAAGAGUCACACUGAGAGAAAUAAAUGGGAUAAUAUCACCUCUGGGCAGAUGCCUCUUCCCCAAUCAUUAACUGAAGUUCAGCUGGUUAAGGAGUUCAGAGAUUUCACUGAUCUUCACGAGAAUGGAAACUCCAAGCUGUACCGUAGGCCUGAGUCUUAUAAUGAAUCAUAUAAAUACUCAACUGAAAAUUUAACAAAUGAUCAGUCAAUUGUAAAAUCACGGAUUAAUCCUUUAAAGAACAAUAUUCAGCAAAGUAAUGAAAAGAUUAAGUCUACACAUGAGGAAAGAUACGAAGGUUCUACCCGAUCUAUUGAGGAAACACCUUACUAUGCGAAUAAUUUUGAAAAUACUACAGAAGAGAAGGAGAAAUCUGAUAGCCACAGCUCUCUGAAUGCUAAUGAAGAAAAUUCUCAUAACUUUAUCCCUUUUAAAGAUUUUGAUGAAGGAGACCAUGAUCAUCAGAUAUUAGCUCAUGCUACCUUUGAUAAAACUGGAUUUUGUAAUCCUCCUACUGUAUAUAACAGCAAGAAUCCUUCUCACAACACUUCAGUAGAGACGGUUGUUAAUCAACAGAAGACUGUGCCACCUCCGACCUUCUUAGGGGUGAUCCAAGAGGCCAUAAAGACCUUCUCUAAAGUUCCAACGAGUAAGCAAGUGUUUGAGAUGAAGCCCAAACCAGAAACUAGCGGCCGCCUUCAAGAGCUAUUGGAGGAAAACUACGAAUUAAGGGAAGAUAACCAAACUUUAGUCGAAGAAAAUGAUAGCUUGAAAGAAGAACUCCAGAUGAAAGACAACACCAUAAGAGAACUUAAUGAAAAGCUCCGAAAUGUUCGAAUCAGUCUUAAAGAAUGUGAAAUUAGGCUCAGUCAUACCACCCAGAUGUAUGCUAAAGAAAGAGAUGAGAAGGAGAAUAUUUAUAUCGCCUUUAACAGAAUUUUAAGCAAUUUUACAGAGAAUGAAGAUAAUUCACAAAAAUUUUUGCAACAAAAUUUGCUAUAUGGAAAAUCUAAAAAUCAAAGUAGGCUUGUUGAGAGACCUUCUUCAUCAGAAGACUAUUCCUCUAAUCUCGGAAGAUAUCCAGAAGAGGAUGAAAGCUACUGAAGUAAAGACUUCUUGCCCAACAGGAGGCAUUCAAGUUCAAUAGUUAAUACCUCAGGUAUUAACGCAAACCAUCGGACUGUUCAUACGAAUACUUCUCAUCUUGUUACAAACGGAGUUGAGACUACCUCAACUGGAAUUUUGAACAACGAGUCUUAUGAUUUUAACCCAAGAGAUAUGGAAGAAAUGCACUCAAUGCAAUUUAAAUAA